AGAUGUUUUAAAAUCAUAAAUUUAAUUCGUUGAAAAAUCCUAAUGAAAAUAAAUCAAUUAAAGCGAGAAUUUACUAUUUUCUCAUCCGAUUUUCAACGAGAUUUAAAUGUCAACGUCGGACUUUCGCAUUGAGUUUGCAGUCUCAAAUCUAUGAAUAAAAGAACACUUUUUCGCUACAAGUUGACAAAAUGAAAUGUUAAACUCUCGAAUUAUGUUAAUCGAUCAAUUCGAUAAAACAGUAGACAAUCAAUCUACGUACACUGUCUUACUCGAAUUUCCCAUCAGUUAUCUUAACCCCAGCAAAAACGACACUCUUGUGCAUAAAAUGUAUUUCAUCUCGAAAAAUAUCUCAAUCACGACGAAGGACAAUAUGAUAACGUGACGUCGAACAGAAGAGAUAUUCAAUUCCAAAGGAAAAGAGAAUGUCGUCCGUUACUAGAGACUAUUUUUACGAGAAUUAUUACGAUUAUGCUAUUCAUCCUCGCGCACUCAGCAACUACACCGUCUCGACGUCGCAUCCUCACUUGAACUCAUUGACUCGUCUCAUCCUGACGAUCCUCCUGCGCGUUGGCUUCGUCCUCGUUCAGCUCGGCAGCGUGCCGAUCACCAACGUCAAUCUGAUACUCCUUCAGAAUAUAGUAGAUCUAUGCUGCGUCACCGUCAUGUACUUCCUAAUAGGUUUUCUUAUUGCCUACGGCGACAUUGAUGGCUUGAUCGGUGGAGGUCACUGGAUCGGUGAUCCAGCGAUCGACAGAGAUAAUGCGAUCGUGGGAUGGCAAGCGGUGGCGAUCACAUCGGCGAUUUUCACCACCGUCGUUGCGGGUAGAAUGCACACGAUGGGAUACCUGCUGGUGAGUGCCCUCUCAUCGGGUUUAAUUCAGCCGUUGCUCAUCCACUGGGCGUGGACCGCCAAAGGAUGGAUGGCCGAGAACGAAUUAGGGGGAAGGAUGGUGGCUUUCAAAGAUCAAGCUGGCGCGGGGGUGGUCCACAUCGUCGGGGGACUUUCCGGUCUGAUCGGAUGCGUCAUUCUCGGCAGAAGAAUGUUAAAAUUGAGAGACUUGGACGACGCGAGUAUCACUCCCGGCUCCGCUGGAACCGUUUUCGGGGGUCUACUGUUAAUCUUCGGAGGGCUUCAAAGCUUGUGCACAAGCGCGCACGACCGCGAGAAAUUCCGGAUGUUCGCGCGGGACCUAUCGUUCGCGUACGUUAACAACUUGCUGGCCGCGUCCUCCUGCACAUUGUUAAUCGUGGCCCUGCAUUUCGUCCUCAGCCGUGAGACUUUCAAUCAUUGGACGGUAAUGAGAUGCGUUCAGGGGACGAUCGCCGGCGUGGUAACUGUGUCGGCCGCGGCGAACGAUUACUCGCCGCAAAUAGCCAUUGCGUUGGGCUGCCUGGGAGGCAUCGUGUUCUACCUCGUUUCCACGCGGAUAUUUAACAGUGCCCUGGAGGAUUAUUGCAAUGUCAUAGCGGUACAUCUCGUUUGCGCGAUUCUCGGGAGUAUUCUGGCUCCCUUUGGCGCUGCGCGCAACGACGAGGACACCGUGGCGAUAUUAUUGAAUUUCUCUUGGCAAUUAAUCUGCCUGGCCGCAUUGCUGACCUUAGUUGGCAUUGCAAUGCUGCUGCUCUUCGGCAUGCUGGAGUGCUGCGAUAUACUCCGUAAUAGGUCGGAAUGCCUGAAUCAUGCACGAGCUAACGCCGCCGUCGAUAGAGGCCCGCCGAGAUCGCUUCUGCAAAGACUCUUCUUUCCCGACAGCGGUUGCCUUUAUCUGCAACCGGGCUCGACCUCCAGCAGAGGACAUGAUCCAAGCGUUGGUUCCAGAUUUUGGAAGUAUCAAGUAGAAAUAGAUAAGCUUAAGGAGGAGAGGCCUACUGCUACGAAUAAACCGAAGGAAAAUAUCAAAAUCGAAGAUAACGUUAUGAAGGUUCCAUCAGGAACAAGAAUAAAGAAAGCAAGACAAGUAUAUACUUUAUCUGGGAGUACUCCGAUAUUGAUAGAAGAUCAAGGUGGUACCGGUGAAUCGAUUAACAAAGAUCACCCGGAAAAUGGAAGGAAAACAUUUCUUGGAAAGGAGAUAAAAUAUGCCCUAGAUCCUAUCGAGGAAAUAGACGAGGAAUUUUCGAAAGAAUUUGAAGUCGUAGAAAAUAACGCUCAAUCUAUCAACGACAAUCGCAAUGUCGGGAGCAAAAAAUCGAUCUCAACGAAAAAUUGUAAUAUGUCCGAAGAUCGAAGAGACUUAAACGAAUCAAAUUAUCAACUAAGAAGAACUGUAAAAUUGAUGAAUUUACACCACGAAUUUAUCAAAGAAGAUUUAAAAGUUGUAUUGGGACCGAAACGUUUGGAUUCUUCAUCUAGUGAUUCAUGUGAUGAAGAUACUAUCUUCACAAAGAUGCCAGACUUAAAUGAAUCUACUAAAGAUGCGAUAAACAAUGAUUUAUUGAUUUACAGUAUAAACAAAUAAAAUGA